UAAAAUCCAUUGAGUCCUGAUCAGUAGUUUGAAACCGUUGAUUUUCAGUUCUAUCACGAUCGAUAGAUUGGAAUUGUCCACAGCCACAAAAUGACGCCUUGAUGGAGUCUUCUUCGGUUGCGAUAUCACUGAUUAUUGAUACAUGAACAUGCACGGAUUUGCUCUGUCUCUAACAGCAAUCAAGCUCUUCGCUGUUUCUCAUCUGGGUUCGAACCAUACUCAUCGUAGUCUUCUGCAUCUGCAUAACCAAGCAAAGUCUUCGAUACCCGUUUGCAGAAUUGGCUAUGGAGGAGGCAAUUCAAACCCUAUUGUAUAUGCACCACCGGCUUUCUCAACAGGUUACAGAAAUCACAAGAAGAGGAAGAAGAGAAGCAAUCGUUGUACAGUAGUGAAAUCCAGUCGCAGAGAGUCUCCGUACCAAGUGUUGGGCGUUUCUCCUGCUGCAAGUCCCAAUGAAAUCAAGAAAGCUUAUCGGAGACUUGCUCUGAAAUACCAUCCUGAUGUCAACAAAGAGGCAAAUGCUCAGGAGAAAUUUAUGAGGAUAAAGCAUGCAUACAAUACAUUGCUGAACUCUGAAUCUCGAAGGAGAUAUGAGUCUGGAAAUGGAACAUCUGAUUACUCAUAUUCAACUGCUGGAAGAAACCAAAGUAGGAACACUCAAGAAGAAGAAGAGUUCUAUGGCUUCGGUAACUUUUUGAGGGAUGUUCAAAUAACAAUAGAGGACUUAUUUAGAGAUCUUCAAGAAGAAUUUAGGAACUGGGAGGCAAGCGCUGCUUCACAAGGAAAGCCAAAGAGUUUAUGGGAGGAAUUGGCGGAAAUCGGGGAAGAAUUUGUUGAAUUCUUAGAGAAAGAGCUCAACAUCACUGAUGAAGAGGUCGAAUCAGAAAAGAGUGAAGGCGAUGCGUUUAAAAGUUAUCGAACAGAGGGAAGGGGAAGUGGUAGUCAAACCAAAGCCGCAAAAGAGAGCAGCAUUGAGGAAGACAUUGAUGAGAUUGAAGCCACCCUUGCUCAAUUGAAAAAGGACCUGGGUCUGUGAAGGGAAAUGCACCUUUGUGUUUGUUGUUUGAUAGAAGAUAAAGAGAAGAAAUGACAGAAUUGAUGGAAUUUCAAAUCACAUUUCUCAACUCCACUUCUCCGAAGAUCUCACCAAUAUUCAUCACAGGAAGUCCAUUUUUUGAAUGGCGUUUUGCUUGUGCAGGAAGUGGUAUUCACAGUUCAUUGUAGAAAGGUCAUUUUUUUCUCUUAACAGUUCUUUCAAGUUAGGAGCCAUGUAUUUGUGACUUUUUGAAUUGGGCUGGUACAUCUGUUGCCCACUUGAGGAUUGUUGUUGUUUAAGAACUAUCUUUUGUUCCACAUAAAAAAUUAAGGGCAAAAUACAUUUAUCUCCUUCGAAGUUUAAUUAAAUUACAGAUACUCUUAAAGUUUCGAAAAUUACAGAUUCCUCCUUGAAGUUUAUAUUUUCAUAACAAAUUGCCUCCUGAGAUUUAUAUUUUUAUAACAAUUUGUCUCCUAAUUUGUUAUGCAAAUAGUACCUUCAGGGGUAUCUAUAAUUUCUCAAACUUUAGGAGUAUCUGUAAUUUUGUUAAAUCUCAAGGGAUAUAUGCAAUUUGCCCAAAAAUUUAAUGA